AUGGAGUCCAGCACAGCGUCGAUGAGCGCAAACGUCAAGCGAGAUGAAGUCUUGAGUGCUGACGUAGUGCUCUCGGUCCCGAAUUUGGAGUCUGUGCCUGAGAAUGCUCCUAGCGACUCGAGCGAUGUUCCUGUCGUAAAUCCACCACCUCGCCUAUCAUUAUUCGACAUGCCCAUGCCAUCGAGCAGGACAGUCACGAACGUGGCUCAUCAAACGAUCAUUGCUGGCGCUGAGAGUGCACGAAAGGGUAACGAGAACUUGCGCUCUAAUCUGGUAGCGUUGGCGCUCGUGCUUUCUUACGUCGCUUUGAGCAUCUUGGUUUUCCACUACACGGAAGACUGGCCCAUUGUGGACUGCGUAUACUACGCGAUGGUUAUCGUUACGACAGUAGGCUACGGUGACGUGGUGCCCGUUACGACUGCCGGUAAGGCGAUCACGAUCUUCUUCUCCUUCUACGGCAUUUGUACAAUUGGUGUGGCUCUCGGACAGUUGGCUUCUUGGUUUCUUCAGCGUCAAAAGCAUGUCACUAAAAUGGCAACACAGAAACUACUGAACAACGUGGAGAGCGCAGCAGCGACUGCUAUUGGAUCCGCUCUCGACAAGGAAGCCAGGAUCCGUAAAAUGGACAAGAGAAAAACUCGCUGGAAACGAUUCCAGAAAAGUCUGCCCGAGUGGGCCCGUAAAAUUUUCUCGGAUAGCAACAAGGCCAUCUUCCACGCCUUCGUGCCCAUUGUUAUCUCCAUUAUGGCUGGGCUUAUUGUUGGUGCUAUAGAAGGCUGGCCGGUCUUGGAUUGCUUCUACUACACUCUGAUCACGAUCACGACCAUAGGAUUUGGAGAUCUUUCGCCAAAAUCUGAAAGUGCUCGGAUUUUUGCCAUCUUUUAUCUACCCUUGGCGGUAGUGACGGUGGCGCACGGAAUCGGCUCGAUUCUCAACGAGAUUAGCGCGAGAUCGGUGAUGAAAACCAAGAUCAGUAUGAAGGAGCUGCUGGACAUGGACGCCGAUGGCGAUGGCAAGGUCUCUCAGCUCGAGUACCUCUGUUAUAUGCUCGUGAAACUUAACAAGGUCGACCAGGACGACCUUGACGGUAUUAUUGCUCAGUUCCACAAACUUGACCGAGAUGGUAGUGGAGAACUGGAUCGUGAUGACUUAGAGAGACUCGAUCGUGAGCUCCAGCGCCAGAAUAAGGAGGAGUCUAGUAGCUGAGUGAAGUUAUGCGAGGCUGAAUAGAUUAAACUGCAAAUGAUAUAAUAAGAGAUUCACUUCAUUUUUUCGGCCA